AUGGCCUCCCAAUUCUUUCCUUCACUCAUCACCAUCUUUCUGCUGGAUUUUUUGCAAAAAGAUUUCGCAUGGAAGCUUACAGUUUUGGCACUGUUUGUGACCGACAUCAAAACAUUCCCUCUGGUCUGGCAUAUUCGUUUGCUCAACGCCCUACGAUUUGUGCUACCUUGCCAGCGCGCUGAGCCUGGACCAACUCCCAAUUGCAUUUUUAAGCCGCUCGUUACGUCUUCCCAUUGUUCUCUUAGCGAAAUCGACUUCAAUUGGCACAAGUCCAACAGCACCUACUAUUCCGACCUCGACAUUGCUCGAACGCACUUGUUAUGCACACUCUUCUCCGUCGGCAUAGACCGAGCUCGGCAUAAGCACGGCAACGGCAUCAUCAACCUCCGAAAGGACAGCUUCACGAUUAAACUAGGGGCAGUCAAGUGUUCCUUCAGACGCGAGAUCAGGCCCUACGAGCGGUACGAAAUGUGGACCAGGGUCCUCUCGUGGGAAACCAAAUGGCUGUACACCAUCACGCACUUCGUCCGCAAAGACCCAAAAAGCAAAGGAACCACCGUUUGCGCCACGGCGAUCAGCCAGUGCGUGUUCAAAUCCGGGCGCCGGACAAUCCCGCCCGAAGUCAUGCUCCGUACCUCGGGGCUAUGGCCGCAUGAAAUCUUUCCGCGACCCAUUCUCCCCGUAGCGGCGGCGCAUCACCACACUUUAAACGAAGUGACAGGGCAAGCAGGCAUCGAAGACUCGCACAAGCAUCAAUAUGCACUCGACACCUUGCGCCAAUCCGACUCCGUUGAUGGGGAUGGAUGGAUCGGAAGCCAAAAGGUAACGAACAUGCAGACAGGAGGGUGCACAUCCGAGAUGAUUGAGAAUGAGAGACGGCGCGGUAUGGGUACGGUGAACGGGGGUGAUCUCGACGAUCUGGAGCAAGAUUUCUUCGCCGAUGUGGAUCUCCUCGGGAGGCAUUUCGAUCUGUGA